AAACUGUUGAGAUUCCGAACUUAGGUGAAAGUGAACAUGAAAAUUUGUCAGAUGAUGAUUUUUACCGAAAAAGAACAUUUUCUCAAGUUCUGGUGGAAACCAGCGAAGAGGAACAGCUUGAUAGGGAGCCACAACUGGAUUAAGAAGGAAAUAUCCUUUUGCGGAAAUACCAGGCCAAAAAAUCGUCGUGACAAUGUUGGACAUCUUCCUGAAUGGUAUAACAUCACCAGAGAUGCAAAUUUCCUUAAUGUAAGGGACAAACAAGUUUCGUGUGUUAAAUGUAAUGUUAGAUUAUGUUUGAACAAAGACCGGAAUUGCUUUCGCCGUGUUCAUUUGGAGUAACUAAAUAUAUCUUGAAAAUUGCAUUUAGUUCAUGUAUUUUUUCCAUGUAUUUUUAAC